CGCAAUGUCAAAAUGAGUUGGAGCUUGCCAAUAAAUUCAACAAUAUUUAAUAAGUGAUUGAAUAACAAUUUGUAUUAAAUUAUCAAUGCAAUUGAAAAUGCGUUUAGAAACGUUAGUAUUGCAACAGCUAGAGGAAGAGCCCCCUCUCGUCCAGGCCUGUUUCCAUGGCGACCCAGAUGAGGUCAGGGCUCUGCUGUACAAGAAGGAAGAUGUAAAUUAUCAGGAUUCUGAAAAGCGCACCCCUCUGCAUUCUGCUGCUUACUGCGGUGAGCACGAGAUAGCAGACCUACUCAUCAUGAAUGGGGCCCGCGUGAACACGAAGGACAACAAGUGGCUGACACCCCUGCACCGCGCGUGCUGCUCAAAGAGUGAGGAGACAGUAAAAGUCCUUCUGAAGCAUCAGGCUGACGUGAAUGCUCGGGACAAGAACUGGCAAACUCCUCUACAUGUUGCGGCUGCAAACAACGCCGUUCGCUGUGCGGAGGCCUUGAUACCACUCCUGACCAAUGUCAACGUCUCAGACCGAGGAGGCCGGACCAGCCUUCAUCAUGCUGCGUUUAACGGACAUAAAGAGAUGAUCAAAUUGCUAUUAGACCAGGGAGCCACAAUCAAUGCGUUUGACAAGAAAGAUCGCCGCGCCAUCCACUGGGCAGCUUACAUGGGCCAUGUGGAAAUAGUCAAGUUACUGUACGAACACGGGGCUGAACUCAACUGCCAGGAUAAACAGAUGUACACGCCACUUCAUGCGUCAGCUUCCAGCGGCCAGGUGAGCGUGGUUAAGCUACUACUGGAACUCCACGUAGAUGUGGAUGCGGUGAAUUGCUAUGGCAACACGGCGCUACAUGUGGCCUGUCACAAUGGGCAGGAUGUCGUAGUCACUGAGUUGCUCGAGUUUGGCGCUCAGAUUAAUGCUGUCAAUAACAUGGGUUUGACUCCACUUCACUACGCAGCAGCAUCCACACAUGGAGGUAUAUGUCUAGAAAUUCUGGUCACUCAGGGGGCGUCCACCAAGUUACAGUGCGAUGACGGCCGAAACCCAUUACACAUGACUGCACUGCAUGGACGUUUUACUCGUGCCCAAACUUUAAUUGAGCAUGGGUCCGAGGUAGACAGCUGUGAUAAAACUGGUAACACGCCACUACACAUUGCUGCGCGUUACGGGCACGAGCUUCUCAUCAACACACUCCUGGAGAACGGAGCUGAUCCCACCAGGCGCGGUGUAUACGGUAUGAUGGCCGUUCAUGUUGCCUCCUUGUAUGGACACAUUGACUGCGUCCGCAAACUUCUGUCUGUGAUGCCUCAACUGGAUCUCAAUGUACCUGAUGAUUGUGGUCGCACGUGUCUACAUGCGGCCGCUUGUAGCGGCAAGGUAGAUGUGGUUGAGUUACUCAUUAAAGGAGGAGCCAGCGUGAACAUUGAAGACGCUGGGGGCAGGUUCCCAAUUCACUAUGCAUCAGCCAACGUGCACAGUCAAUGCUUGUUGACACUUCUCACUGCUGGCAGCAUUGUCGACAGCCAGGACCAUGCAGGCUGCACACCACUACACUUUGCUGCUGCAGCUGCUGCUGAAGAUGAUGCCAAGGUGUUAGAGUUACUGUUAAAACACGAGGCAAGACCGGGUCUGUCUGACAAUCAGGGAUACAAUGCUAUACACUAUGCAGCGUUGAAGGGGCACCGGUUGGCACUGGAAAUGCUUCUUGACGUGGCAGCCAUCAAUCUAGUAAAGGGUACUGCACCGUUCUCCCCUGCUCAUUUAGCGGCAUCUCGAGGUCAUAACGAUGCGCUCCACGUUCUGCUAGGCUGUAUAAUGAAUUUGGAUAUCAAGGAUGUGAACGGACGCACGAUGCUGGACCUGGCGUGCUACAGCGGUCACACAGAGUGCGUGGAGACUCUUCUACUGCAAGGGGCCACGAUCCUCGUGUAUGAUAACGUCGCGAGACGGACACCACUUCAUGCUGCAGCAAUCAAUGGUCACACAGAGUGUUUGCGUCUUCUCAUGGAAACUGCAGAUGACAACAACAUUGUGGAUGUGAACGACGCCAGGGACAGAACACCCCUUAUGUUGGCCGUAGAAAAUGGACAUGUGGACACGGUGUUGUAUUUGAUAGCAAACAGCGCGACGGUGAAUGCACGAGAUAUACAUGGACGCACUGCAUUGCAUAGAGGGGCUGCCAAUGGACACGAGGAAUGCGUGGAUGCGUUGCUGCACAACGGGGCUGACAUCUCCAUACAGGACAUGCGAGGUCGCACGGCCCUCCACCUGUCAGCCAUGUGUGGACAUGUGGGCCUGCUUGGAUCACUUUUGUUGAUGGGACCAGUGGAGAAAAUCCACGACAGACUGGGCUACACCCCACUCCAUUUUGCAUGUUAUAAUGGUCAUGAGGCGUGUGUGGAUCUUUUAUUGGAAAAUGAAGAACAUCGAAAAUUUACUGGCAACACCUUCUCUCCUUUGCAUUGUGCUGUAUCUAAUGGGAACGACAGCUGUACUGAGCUACUUCUGGACACUCUUGGUGAUUCCAUAGUGGAUCUUGUGGACAGUAAGGGCAGGACUCCAGUGCAUGCAGCCUCGUUCAGGGACCAAGUGGAGUCGUUGACAUUACUUCUGGGUCACCGUGCGAGCGUGAACAAAGUGGACAAGCUGGGCAGAACUCCCGUCAUGCUGGCAGCUUCCCAGGGGCACCUCAGCUCUGUCGAGCUGCUGUUACAGAGUCACGCUGAUCUGACUAUCAUAGACGACACACAGAAUACCGCACUGCACUAUGCCUGCAUGCAUGGGCAUGAAGAGGUGGCCUUAAUCUUGCUGGACAAAAUAGACGACCAAAAUGUGAUAAACAAGCCAAAUAAUGAUAUGAAAACGCCACUACACAUAGCGGCGAAGCAGGGUUUAACUCCGGUGGUUCAGGAUCUCAUCUCUAAAGGGGCCAGUCUCACAGUAGUUGAUAACAAAGGUUACUCUCCGGCGCUAAGUUGUGCGCCAAAUGAUCGGGUGGCUGACUGCCUGGCUAUUAUUCUCGCUCACAUGUCCUUCGCUCCCUCUAUGUCGAGUACUUUCUGCAGGUCAACACAUAACGACAAUAAUAACUCAACCCUAGGUGGAACUAGAACUCUUGAGAUACCCCACAACGAUAGUACCAAAGAACAAAGUCUACCAAGCUCAGAUUCUGAAUUCUACUAAACCCCAUCUAGCUUAUUUUGCAAGAUAUAUUGUUGUUUUGUAAUCUUGUUCACUUUGUAUUACACAAUUUUUCAUAACCAGAGAAGUAAAUAUAUUUUUCUAAUGUUGUGUCUAAGUUACUUGGCAAAUAAUAAUGAGUUCAGUUUAAGAUUAGAGUAUUGUUCAAAUUUGUAUAAUUCUAGUUUCAUGGCACUUAAGAACAAAUCUUUAGAGGUGCUUGUUUUGCUUGUCUCAUGUAUAUGUGUGUGUGUGUUAUUCCAAUAUAAUAAUAGGAAGAAGCUGUUAGAAUGUACACAGAGGAUUAAAUUUAUAUCACACAAAAUAAAAACAAUAUAAAUAUCAAUAUUAUAUUUUUUUGGCUUUUAAAUUAUAAUGAAAACAUAAUUUAUUUUCAAUUUCAAUUCUAACACUUUCAAAACACUGCUUAACUCAACAUGUAGAACUAGUUAAUUCUAAUGAUAUCUUGACUGAGCACAGUUUUGACCCAUUCCUUAUCAACACAUAUUGCCCUACCAGACUGAUUAGAGCACUGGACUACGUAUCCGAGAAUUGCAGGUUUGAUCCCUAGUCGGGCCGCAUAGCUUGUGUGGCAAUUGGUUAUUGGAAACCCUUCCAUUGCCUUUUCUAUCCUACCUCUGAUUCAAGUAGUGGAGUUGUCAGUUACUGAUCGCUAACUUAGGAAAAGUGUAAGUUGGUUAAUUGACUAGUGUUAUAUUAUUAAAAUACUGUUGAAAAUGGGGGGGGGGGGGGGGGGGGGGGGAAUCCAUCUGAACAAAAUUACAGGAAUGCUUAUGGCCAAUCAUUGUAAACAUUAUUACAGUAAUACUGCCCAACCUCUUUUCAACCUUGACCUAAGUUGAAUUGUCCUGAACCAAUAGAGGGUAUCAGUGUGUAUAAAAAACUGUCUCUUGUUCAAAGCAAGAUGGGAAAUUAAAUUAUGUUUUAUGUCCCCGGUAGGGUGGCAUAUAGCAUUUGCACUGUCUGUCCGUCCUUCCGCCUGUCCGUCCAAAAACUUUAACAUUGGCCAUAACUUUUGCAAUAUUGAAGUUAGCAACUUUAUAUUUGGCAUGCAUGUGUAUCUCAUGGAGCUGCACAUUUUGAGUGGUGAAAGGUCAAUGUCAAUGUCAUCCUUCAAGGUCAAAGGUACAAAAAACAAAUUCAAGGGAAGUAAUAAGCUUUAAAGGGAGAUAAUUAUUUGUACCUGCCAAAUGAUACAAAAAAAUAAAUCAAAGCGGCGCAGUAGGGGGCAUUGUGUUUCUGACAAACACAUCUCUUGUUUUUUAUAGACUGGACAUAGCCGCCAAUCCACAUUAUAAACGGACCAUGUAAUGAAUCACUAGAUACGUUCCGUUUUUCUUGCAUAUAUAUUUCCAAUAGUCUCAUGUAAUUCAGAUUUACAAUAACAAUUGAAUUAUUCUCUCCAAUCAUGACGAUAUAUGUGUUCCAUGUGGCCACAGAUUAAAAUGUAUUACCUAAACUGCCAUAAAAUCAAAGCAUCUUAUAUUUUUCAAGGCUCAAAUGAAAUUAAGUCAUUUCCUUCUCCCAAGGAAACUAAGCAGACAUGUCGCAUACUUGUUUUACGAUAGCAGUGAGAGAUAAUAAGUUACGGAAGAGAAUUUAUACAGAGGAAAAAACUUGAUAAUAAAUUUGAUAUUUUUUCUUGUAAAAAAAAGAGAAAAAGCAGGCUUAACUACUGAAACUCUAGAUGGCUAAAAAAGUAUUUUGUCGCUGGAAAAACAGCCUCUGUACAUUGAUGCCUGAAUCAAAGGUGUAUUUACGGGUUAGCUGUAUAUAUCUUGUAAUUCAAUUGUUCACAGGAAGGUUUGCCUAAUAUUUGUAUAUGUCGUUAUUAUUGUAGUUGGGACCAUGCCACUGAUGUUUCAUUUCUGUGUUACUCAUUAAAUGCAUUUUGUUUUUAAUUGGUAUUAACAUUCUAAACAUUUCUUCUUACUAUUCAUACAAUUAUAUUGUAUACAUUUGAACCUGUUAUUAAAAAUUCUUGUACAACAAAGUAAAAAGUUUUCUUGCCAAUAUUUCAUCAGCUUUCUUGAUAACUGUUUAAUUCGAAAAUUUUAAGCAUUUGUUAACUUAAUUUCAAGUUAAUUAUUUAUUUUUAAGGGCACCGUUCAAUGCUUUAUUCAUUUGUGAUACAUGCUUUGUUUAGGCAGCUGAUGUGAUUCGAUUUAAUUCAGUGAUCACUCUUUCAAAAGAAAUACUCACUUUGCAUUUCAUUUGAUUGAAUCUGCUUUAUAAUAAUAAUAAUAAUAAUCUAAUAAUUGUAGUAGUAAUAAAUUGUAUACAUUUUAAAGAAAAGUAUAAAUGUGGUUACUGUUUGUAAUUCAAGAAAAUAUAAAUAGCAUUCAGUGGGAAAGGCAUUACUUGUUAGUUUUGAAGAAAUAGUUAAUAUAUACAUACUGACUUGGUGUGUUCUUAAGAAUUUCUGCUGAUAUUUUAAGUUUCUGUUGUUUUUUUGUAAUUACAUUAUAACAGACAGUACACAUGUAAUUAUUUCUACUUCUUUGUAGUGUUGUUUGUUUAUGUACAUAAAUGAAUGUCUUGGCAUUACGUUUAGAAAAAAAUAUAUAACAUGAAAUAUUUUUGUUCUAUUAUAUGUGUUAUUUGUUACUAGAUUUUCUAUAUAACAUGUUAGAGGAAUUUAGAGAUUUUAAUAACAGUUUGUUUCAUAUAGUUCAAUUGUUAUAUAAUUGAUAGGAUAUUUUUUCUAACUAUGUCCCCUUGUCUUGAGUACCGUAUAUGCCAUCUGUUUCCAAAUGUUGUAGAAAAUUAGUUUGCAUUAUAUUAAGGUAGCGCACCUCUAAUGAUUUCCCGCGAUUUCUUCGAAGGUUGAAGAGCCUACUAUUAGGUGCCGUAGCCUAGUGGUUAAGGCGAUAGACUAGAAAUCUUUUGGGAUAUUCCCGCGCAAGUUCGAAUCCUGCCGACGACGUAUACUUUUUUGCAACGCGUUUUAUUUAUUUUCUAACGUAAUUUGAUUUAAUAUGGCAUAUAAGCUAUAUUUAUUGUUAAAUGUGUUGCAAUUUUUAUGCACAUUCUUCAAUUAUUAAAAUUAAAACAACGUUAUGGCGAAAUUGGGUGAUUUACUGUUGAAAAUACGAGCCAUGCAUGUUGCAUUUUUAUUUUUAUUUCAAAAAGUAAACGGUAAAUCUGUCUAUUUCUUGGUAUUUUUGCUGUAUAUAGUGUUUCUAUAAAAACUAAGUUUCAAAUAUGACUUAAAUGAUACUAUUUUGAAUUUUAUGACACUUUGUUUUUAACCGACCCAAUUUUUACUUGGCUGAAAUCACUUACAUUUCAUGGCGCUCUUCCAUAGAUAAAAAUUUGUAAAAAAUAAAUGUCUGUAAAAGAAUACUUAUUUCAUCUUGUUUAAACUGUAAACACCUUUACAGCAUCUGUACACACCAACUGCAUGCCCAUAUUUGGAAAUUUGAAUGAAUAAUGGAACUUUUAUAUACCCCAGGAGUGAAAAUAAACUGGACAAAAGCCGAGCGUGGGGGUGGUUUUGAAAAAAUCGGUAUAUUUUUUUAAAAAGCAUGGAAAGCCUACCUACCAAUUUGCAUGUAGUUCAGUGAAAUGAUGCUGAUUAAGAAAAUAAUUAAUUAGAUUAUAUUUGGAUAUGUGCCCACCUUAAUUUUUAUUGUGUUUUUACAUAGCGAGAACCUAAACAGAUUUCAACCCCCCCCCCCCCUGUCUGUCUGUCUGUCGGUCUGUCGAUAGACCAGUUCAUUUCCAGUCAAUAACUCGUCAGUGGAUUGACCGAUUGGCUUGAGACUUCAAUGUUAAUUGGCCUUGAACAGUAGAUGACCCAUAUUAAAAUUGGGGUCACUAGGUCAAAGGUCAAGGUCACUGUCACAAUAAGUGUGAAAAUCAUUUCCAAUCAAUAACUCGUCGAAGAAUUGACCGAUUGGCUUGAUACUUCACAUGUGCAUUAGCCUUGGACAGUAGAUGGCCCCUAUUGAAAUUGGGUUCACUAGGUCAAAGUUCAAAGUAAUUGUCACAACUAGUGUGAAAAUCGUUUCCGAUCAUUAACUCGUCAACAAAUUGACUGAUUGGCUUAGUACUUCACAUGUGCAUUGGCCUUGGACAGUAGAUGAUCCUUAUUGCAAUUGUGGUCACUAGGUCAAAGGUCAAGAUCACUGUCUCAAUAAUCAUGAAAAUCUUUUCUGAUCAAAAACUCUUCAACGGAUUGACCAAUUCGCUUGAUACUUCACAUGUGCAUUGGCCUUGGACAAUAGAUGACCACUAUUGAAAUUCGGUCACUAGCUCAAAGGUCAAGGUAACUGUCACAAUAAGUGUCUAAUCCUUUCGGAUCAAUAACACGUCAACGAAUUGACCGAUUUGCUUUAUACUUAACAUGUGCAUUGUCAUUGGACUGUAGAUGACCCCUACAGGAAUUGGGGUUACUAGGUCACAGGUCAAGGUCACUGUCUGAAUAAGUGUCAAAAUCGUUUCUGAUCAAUAAUUCGUCAACCAACUGACCGAUUGGCUUGAUACUUCCCAUGCCCAUUGGCCUUGGAAAUAAGAUGACCCCCUUUAAAUUGGGGUCACUAGGUCAAAGGUCAAGGUCACUGUCACAAUAAGUUUGAAAAUCGUUUCCAAUCAAUAACUCGUCAACAAAUUGACUAAUUCACAUGUGCAUUCGCCUUGAACAGUAGAUGACCCUUAUUGAAAUUGGGGUCACUAGUUCAAAGCCCUCUUUGGGGGUGGGGGGCAUAUGUCUCCGACCACAGAACUCUUGUAUUUGAUAGCUUAAUAGCAGUGUUUUCUUUAGUGAAGUUCUUUUCAAUUUAAAAACUGAAGGGAGAUUUUUAAAAAGUUAGUUUUUCAAAGUGGACUUUUUUUUAAUUCACAUGUUUAUUAAUUCAUGCACUAUACUUAUAGCUUUUGUGUGAAUUGGAACUAUGAACAAGAGGCUCUUUUAAAAGUAACGUCCAAAGUCUGCUGUAUUCUGUUCAUUCUAAAAUAUUGGACUGUUCUGUUAACAUUAUUGUUUACCAAAAGUCAUGAUCUGUUUUGCAUACUUUGUUUCAACCCUAGAACAUUUUACAAUUUUAGAUCUCCAUUUUUUUCUUUUCAAGAUGGCGGCAUCAUGUUUGUGGGGGCGGGGGAAAGAAAAUCCUUAUUUCAUUAAGGAAAAACUCAAUUGACCAAUCAAAAGUGCUGAAACUCAUACAGGUUUUAAAUAUUGUAUGCAUCUUCUGGGUUUAGCCACUGAUAAUGCUAACAAUCACAAGAGAAACAUACCUUAACAGUUGAAUGUUUAUUUCUUGUGCAAACUGACAUUGGCCAAGCUAUGGGAAAACAGGGCUGAAGGUAUGUGUGUAAUGUGUCGUCCCAGAUUUCUUGUGCAAACUGACAUUGGCCAAGCUAUGGGAAAUCAGGGCUGAAGGUAUGUGUGUAAUGUGUCGUCCCAGAUUUCUUGUGCAAACUGACAUUGGCCAAGCUAUGGGAAAACAGGGCUGAUGGUAUGUGUGUAAUGUGUCGUCCCAGAUUUCUUGUGCAAACUGACAUUGGCCAAGCUAUGGGAUAACAGGGCUGAAGGUAUGUGUGUAAUAUGUCGUCCCAGGUUAGGCUUUGCAGUCCGCGCAGGCUUAUUAGGAACGGUGCUUUCUGCCUGAACUUGAUUUCCUUUAAAGAGACCUUUUCACGUUAUCAUACAUUGACACAAAUAUUUUUUUUUUCAGAUUUACCUUGUUUUGUAGUUUAAUGUUUUUACUAGGAAACUGUAAUACUGAACAUUUACCAUGCUCUUAAUUAUCCAUUAUAUGCAUCUUUUGACAAUUAGAAACCAAAACAUUGCAAAGAUUUACAAACGGGAAACGAUUGUAUAAUUUGGAAAGUUCUAGUGUUAUAAGUAUAUUUUGUGACAUUACUAGGAUUGCUUCUAUUAGGAAUGGAAUACAUGGAGUGUUAUGUAAGCAGGAUGGCUGAGUGGUUUCAGCGCUAGACUUUUACUUCAAGGGUCAGUUGUUCAAGCCCGGGUGUAGAUUCCUUUUUUCUUUUUUUAAUUUAAUUUUAUUUUUUAUUCUGAAAUCUUUUAGUUUGGAUGUUUACAUUUAUCAAUUUAAAGCAUUUUAUGACACAUUUCCAAACUUGCAAAUACUGUCGAAAGGUCCCUUAAAGAAAAGAUUUCCUUAAAAAACAGAAAAUUGCAUGAAAGCGGACAGUUUUGCCCAGAUUAGCCUGUGCGGGUUGUGCAGGCGAAUCUGGGACGACACUUUAUGGUCAUGCAUUAAGCCCAGUUUUCCCAGAUCAAGGCUCAUAUACAAUGUGUGUUUUCACUGAUAUUGUGUUGGCUAUUGUUAGGUUGGCUAAGAUUGCAUUGUAUAAUAGACCGGUGUGGACAUGAUAUUAAAAUUAGCAGCAUUUUCUAAUUGAACAUUCCAUGCUUGGUUAUUUAUAAUUUGUAUUGAGUUUCUUAAUAAAUCUUUUGAUUAUAUGAUAUCCUGUCAUGAUUAUGUACUCAUUCUAAAUUCAAAUACAAACAGCAAUUACCAGCUACAAGCAUUUUCUGUGUGUGUGUGUCAUAGAACAUGUACCGGUAUGGGCCAUAAUCCUUGUGUUUGUCAUAGCCCUUUUCCACUCAGAAGCAAAGUGGAAAUCCAUAUUUCAAAGAAAAAACCUGGACAAUAAUGACCUUAAGGAUGCUUUGUAAAACAUAACGUAAAGUUCAUUAUCUUCAUGUACAAAUCUGGUGAGGUUUUUUACUGAAGUUUGUUUUGAAAAUUAAAUUUUGGACAUUUUUAUCUUUUACCAUAUUAAUGACAUUCCACCCUGUCUAUAUAAUAAGUUUGUAAAGGACUAUACUCAGCAAUAUCAAACGGGUAAUGAUUUAAUUAUGAUAAACAAACUGUAUUUUAGGAGAUUUCCAUUUGCUGAUAGGGUUCUUUACCGGUAUAUUGAUUACAAGUAUACAGUUCAGAGGUAUGUUUGUUCAAAAUGUAAAUGACCAUUACAUUUUUGAAAAGAUACUUUUUGGGAGUAUUUACACUCAUUACAAUUAUUUAUGUGUAGAUGUAUUGACAUAUUACAUGCAAAUUUGAAAAAAAAAAGUUAUAUUUAUAUUUAAUUCUCCGAUCUCCAUGCAGAGUUGUUGUUCCAUGCUGUCGCAUACAAUCGACUUUGCCAUCACAAGAAAAUCCUACCAGAUCUGGAAGGAUUUUGUUUUUGUUUUACUAGUAUGUUAUGAAAAGUAGUUAUGAAAAGUAGUAUCAUUUUCUUUAAUAUUUUGAAAAUAGUAUAUAAGUUUAGGUUCAUAAUAAAACGUAAAAGACCGAAAAUACAUAAAGUAAAAAUAACGGGAAAAUUAUUGUACCAUAUUGCUGGGCUAUCAUCAUGUGGUUGGUUAUAACGGCAGGGAUUUGAUCCAGCUAUGCUGGUUUCAAUCAAAAUUCUGCGCGGAGGUUGUUAAUUCUCAAGAUACCUUUUUAGUCGCAAAAUAGUUUUUUUCACGGUACAGAUGCUUGCUUGAUAUUUUAGAUUUAACUACACUUAAUAAACAAUGCAUACCUUGAACAACUGUGUUUUUGUAAUUCAUGUUGUCUAUUAUUUGGCAAUUUCAGUGUUUGCUGCCUUACGUCAGGGUAUGAUCAUGUUGAAGUAGGAUUUUGCCAUGCAUGUAUUUCUCAUAUUACUUUGUAUAAAAAUCGCUAUUAUUAAUAUGCAUUGUCAAUAAUGAUAAGACCUUAAAAGUGUUUUCCUACUCAAAUAUAUUUUGCACCUGUCCAUCUAUGAAAUAAUAUUCUGUACUCUUUCUUUAAAUGAACUCAAAAAUAACAGUCAUAAUGUUAUGCUUACUGUUUACUUUCUGCUUUAAUUUGUGCAUAAUUGGUACAUUCAAAAAUAAAUAUUACUUGGAGAGAAUAUAAACAAAAAAAUACAUUACCUGGUAAAAGAUGUUAUUUGACGUAAAACCAGUUGUUAUGCUAUUGUAUUUGUGAACUAGGAUAAAACCUUGUGAAAACACCAAAGAUGCCUUGUACGUCUUAAAUAGUUUUUAGUGGUUAUUGUUUUUGGUAUUGACAUUUGUUUUCAGUUGGUUAUGGAUUUGUUCACAAAUUUUGAACAUUUUCAUUGUGCCACAGAUGAAAUACCUUGAAGUAUAAUGUUAUAAAAGAAUUAUUAAAUAAGAAAUAUAUUUUAAAGUUAAUCAUGUUCAUUGCAUGUGAGUCUGUUAAUUUGAUAAAAAUGAUCAGAUGUUAAAGAGUUAGCACAGCUUUACUAUAAAUAUAUGUAUUUUGAUAUGGAAUGCAUGUUGACAAUUGUGCUGACACGUUACAUGGAUUUUUAAUUUUCACAAUUUCCGUCAUUGUAUGUUUAUAAUAGAUGUAUUAAAGUAUAGAAUGUCUUG